AUGUCCCUGCAUCCGCCGUCCAAGGACGAUCUCCGGGGCCAGCUUCUGGAGAUCCAGAAGAAACUCUUUGGAGCAAAGAAACCGGGGCAAACUCCGCCUGUCGUAGAUAAAAAACUGCCCCUCCAGAAUCUCACCGCGUCGAAUUCAUCUCUGGCUCAAACUUCUCGCCGAAACUUGCCGACUCCAGGUCUGUCGAGGUCAGACAAUGUAAGUGGAAAUACCACCGUGAUCCCGCUGCCUCGGCCACACUUGCGGCCUGAAUCCAAGGGCCAGGAUAUGAAUUUUGUAGUUGGACUCAGUGAAAAUUUGCUCAGCGAAUGUAGACGUUUGGCAGCUGAGAACCUGAAGUUAAAAUCGAAAUUGAAAGGACAAACGGAUGAGCUAGCCGAGUUCAAACUGCACGUGAACACCCUCUCCAAGUCAUCACGGUCGGCUGCCGAUACCGAAGUCCAGCUCAAGGAUAAGAAUUGGGAGUUGGAGACGAUGUUGUCGAAGGUAAACGAGGAGAUGGGUGCGCUUAAGUCCGCUAACGAGCGGUUGGUCAAAACGCACAACGAAACAACGCUUCGCGUGUCUUCUUUGCAGCGAGAUAACGAGGAGCUCAAUCUCAAAACUGCGACUUUGAGCUCCGAAAUAAGACAGGUUUCUGACGCUUAUCGUAACGAGGUCGCAGAAUUGCAAGAUCGUAUUGAAAACCUCAACGAUGAAAAUGAUAAUCUUCUUCUCCAGGUCUCGGCGCUGAAAAACGUCAAAAUUACUGAGACUGUUACGAAAGGCUCCGCAGCAGAGAAGCUCUUGGUAGCACUGGUUCCUGACCUUGAAGAUCCCACUGACCUUGACAAAAUCAUCGACGAGUUCAGUGCUCUUCCAAUAUCAAUUCCUGCCUCUGACCCAAGCAAUAAAGACCUCGAGCUUGAGACACUCAAGGCCAAUAUUGUAAAUUCUAACAAAACUAUUCUUCGCUUACAGUCCUCUUUGCUUAAAUUGAGAAAUGCUCCUUCCGCAUCCUCGCAUAAUACCCCUAAGAGUUCAAAGAAAUUCAACCGCAAGGAUUUCACACAGCCCCCAUCAGCCACCAGAGCCAGCCACUUUCUUUCUCCCGCUAAGCGUGCUUCAAAUUUCAUCGUACUCAAUGAUCUGGAGAGUGAAUCAGAGUCUGCUCAGCAACCCAAAUGGGCUAAUGAUGAGGACUGGGAGCUGUUACCCCCCAAUACUCCUUCCAAGCCUUCGAAAUCUGGUCUUCCCAAAGAAAAUGCAAAAGCUGAUCUCAGCAGUAUCAUCGCCAGUAGUGACACUCCUGAGCUCGAGAGAGCCGUACUUCAUGACUCAGACAGCUCUGAACUAGAUUUUGAAUCUCCAUCUCACAUCUCGCGCAACCGUGUUCUUUCUAAGGAGCUCACAAGCGCUAUGGGCACUAUCACUGAAGAGCAAGUGCAAAAAUUUGCUAAAGACAACGGUUUGGUUUUACUUUCGCUGGCCGACUACGCUAAACUCGAACAUAAUAAUGUUGAGGACAUGUCCUCCGACAGACUCUCAGCUUUGCUUAAAGACAAGGGUUCGGUUCUUUUGACACAAGAGGAAUAUUCAGACCUCUUGGAUGAGCAAGAAAUGAAAAAUAAAUUAGAGGCCAGCGGUCUUGUCACCAUUCCAUCUGACGAGCUUUCACAACUAAGAGACAUUCAGACUCAAUUUGUUUCACCACCAUUUGAAUAUCUAUCUGAGAAAUUACAGUCUGUGGGAUUCGAAACUAUUACAAAAGAUCACCUCAAAAGUCUUGAGAAAUCUCAGGCUAUGGUUGAGUCUCCAACCGAAAGUUUCCUCUCUUCAAAAGCUCAGUCUCUCGGUUUGCAAACGAUAAACAACGAAGAGUAUGCAAGACUUAAACAUGUUGAGAUCAACUUCGAUCGACCAUCCAAAGAGUACCUCACUGAAAAAGCCAAUGAAAUGGGCUUGUUGCUCUCAUCGAUCCAGCUCUACGAUGAGAUCAAGAAAAAAGCAGAGGAACCUUCUAUAGAUCACUUGAAAGAAAAGGCAGAACGACUUGGGUACUCGGUUAUCCAGGAAUCUGACCACUUGUCGCUCUUGAAGCCAUCAAUCGAGCUGAUUAGAGCAAAUGCUGAGUCAUUAGAGCACGUCGUUGUUGCGAAAGAGGUCAUGGAUAAUCUCAAUGAUUCGGUGAACUCACCUCUGCUUGAAUAUUUGGGCAAAAAAGCCUCAUUGUUCAACAGCCAAGUAAUCUCUAAUGAUGAUCAUCAGAAGCUUACCUGUCCUGAUUUGCCUUCGUUGGAAUUAAGAGCAGGGGAGCUUGGUCAUAAGGUAAUCACGAGCGAUAAGCUCUCAGAACUUGAGACAUUGGCUUACAAUCCAGAUCUUGAUACUGUAACAAACAGAGCUUCAAAGCUUGGCCAUAGUAUAUUGAAGAACGAUAGAUUGCUCGAGUUGGAAAAUCUUGCUUUCCAACCAAGUCUUGAUCAUAUCCGGGAAAAGGCUGCUGGCCAUCUGGUUAUCGAGACAUCAUACUUCGAGGAAUUGAAGAGAAAAGUGGAGAAUCCAUCAAUUGAUGAAAUCAAUCUGUUGGCAGAUGGUCAUGGAAUGAAAACUAUCCACAGUGAUGAUCUCGCUAAAUUGACUCAGGCUGCCAAUGAGCCAACUAUUGAAGAAGUCAUUGCAAAUGCCAAGCCUUUUGAUUAUAGUGUCAUACCGAAUGAUGAAUUGAAUGCCUUGAAGACGCUGUUAGAUAGCCCAAGUCUAGAGUAUUUGAAUACUAAGGCUGCUGCUAAUUCUAGGGUUUUAAUACCUGAAGACGAGUUCAUUACAUUUAAACGCAUAACCCUGCUCUCUGCUGAAGACUACUUGAAGGAAAAGGCGGUUUUAGAAGAUUUGGUAGUUACUGACAAACUGAAAUAUGAUAUGAUGGUGCACACCAUUGAUACCCCUUCAAAUGAACACUUGGAGGAGAAGGCUGCUGCUAGAUCUUUGAUUUUGUUACAAAAAGCUGAAUAUGAAAAAAUGACCGAAUCGAUCGAGUCGCCUUCCCUAGAGUACUUGCAGGCUAAGUCUGAGCCAAGAGGUAUGCUUCUUGUGGAGAAGAGUCAAUUUGACGCGAUGUCAGCCUCUAUUGACUCGCCCUCCGUUGAGUAUUUGAAGACACAAGCAGAAAAGAGUGAGAUGGUAGUGACAGACAAAGCAAAAUAUGAUGAGAUGGUUGAAUCGCUUGAAACACCCUCUCUUGACUACUUGAAUGCGAAAGCAGAGACGAAGGGAAUGCUCUUAGUUGAGAAAUCGAAUUAUGACGCAAUUACCGCAUCUCUUGAAUCUCCUUCCACCGAGUAUUUGGUAGAAAAGGCAGCCUCUCACUCCCUUAUUGUUACCGACAAAGAUGAAUAUGCCCGGAUGGUACAGUCUAUGGAAACACCAGGCGUGGAGUACUUGCAAGAAAAGGCGGCAUUGCAUCAAUCUAUUGUUUUGGACCAAUUAACCUAUGACUCUAUGAAAAAAUCUAUUGAAAGCCCGUCUGUUGAAUACUUGCUGGAAAAGGCGGACAGUGUCGGCAUGAAAGUCCUUGAAAAGCCAGCUUAUGAAGAUCUUAUGCGUUCUAUAGAAUCUCCUUCCAUCGAUUACUUGAGCGGAAAGGCAGAUUUGCUGGGACAUUGUUUGGUCGAUGCAGAUAAAUUUGCAACCAUGGAAAAAUCCAUUCAAUCUCCGUCCACCACAUACUUGAGGGAAAAAGCUGAAUUUUCUGGCAUGGUUUUGUUGAGCAAACAGGAUCAUGAGAAACUUGAACUGCUCAUCGAAUCUCCUAGCAUUGAAGACUUGAAAGAAAAGGCUUCCAAGCAAAAUUAUAUUCUCCUCCCUGUAGAGGAGUAUGAAAAGCCAAACUAUCACUAUUUGGAGGAAAAGGCUGCCUUGUACGACCUGCUUGUCGUUGAGAAAGAAGAUUUUGAAGAAGUUCAAAAUUUUGUCAAGCAACCACCUUUGGAAUUCUUAGUCGAAAAAGCUUCUGCUUUGGAUCAUACUAUAGUUCCAAUGGCUGACUACAGUUCCCUCGAGCUUCGUGCUAAUUCUCCUGCAAUCGAACACAUCAAGACGAAAGCUUCAGAUUUGAACCACGAGGUCAUUGAAUCCUCCGAGUUUGCCAAAUUAAAGCAUGACCUUGAAUCACCUUCUCACGAAUUCAUUUCUGCAAAAGCUCUGCAAAUGGGACACACUGUUCUCUUAAAGACUGACUAUGAACUCUUGGAGCAAACCGCUAAUCACCCUCUGAUUGAAAGAGUACGUGAGCUUGCUGAAAGGAAUGAUCAUGUUCUUUUGGAGAGAGAGGCUCAUAAUACCCUUGUGGAACAAGCUGAGAAACCCACGAAGGACAAAAUCCUCGAAACUUGUGGCCUCUACGAACUCAGCGCCAUCCCUCACAACGAGAUUGCUGAACUUCGAGAUGCUGCCAGCGACGAUAGUUACGAAAAAUUUAAAAGGCUCGCAGAUUUGCACCAUCAUGCCAUUAUCUCAGUCUACGAUCUUCAAGAAUUGAGACGCGUUGCAGAGACCCCAAAUCCAAAUGAGUUGAAGUCAAUGGCAGAGCGCCUCAAUUAUGUGGCUUUAGAGAGACAAGAAUUCGAAAACCUCGAGUCAUUGGCGCACUCGCCUGACUUGAGUCAUCUCCAGACCCACGCAAAGUCCAUCGAGUAUUCUGUUGUACCCUCAGCAGAGCUAAACGAGCUUAGGCAAAUCUCAACCUCUCCAGACAUGGCCAAAGUGCGCGAAUUUGCUGCUCUUCACAAUCAGCACGUUCUUGAUAAAGAUGAACUUACCAGAUUGCAAAAACUCGCAUACGAGCCAGAUAUUGUGCAUCUUCAGGAUGUAGCUUCUAAAUUAGACCACAUUGUCAUUGAUCAAAAGUCUUACAAUGCUCUUAAUGACUUGGCCCACAGUCCAUCAAUGGAGCAUAUUAAGGAAUUAGUGACAAAGAACCAUUUUGUCUUGUUAUCUGAACAGGAACAUUGCGCCCUUGUAGAGCCAAGCAUUCCAAAAAUUAAAGAGCUUUGUGAGUCGCACUCGCAUGCUUGUGUACCACAAAAAGAAUUUGAUGAGCUCAAAAAGCUCGCAAACGAAUUUUCUAUUCCACGUCUAGAGAAGCUUGCAAAGGAACAGCACUAUUGUGUCAUUUCCGAAGCUCAAUUGGACGGUUUCAAACAUCCAAGUCUUGAUGAGAUUAAGGAACUCGCCCUCCUUCACAAUUAUGUGGCUGUUGAUGAGAAUAAGUACGACGAAGUGUGCGCUCUUGCCGAUACGCCACCUCUCGAUCACGUCAAAAAAUUGGCUGAAGGAUUUUCUUAUACCUUGGUUGCGAAUGAGGCUUACAAUGCUCUCGUUGAACCUUCAAAGGAAGAUUUGGAGACAUCUGCUCAGAAGCAUGGAGCAACUGUCAUCGGAGUUACGCAGUUGAAUAAUCUCAAAUCACUUGCUUCAUCACCUCCUACAGCACAUGUUGAAAAAGUUGCAGGAUUAUUAGGUCUUGCAACAAUGUCAACCGCAGCUUUAGCAGCCUUGAAAAAAUCCGCAAAUAAUCCGUCCUUUGACGAGAUCGUAACUAGUGCGAAGAAGCAAGGAUACGAGCUUGUAGACCAAAAGGAAUUGGAGCAAUUAAAACAGAAAACCGAGCUGCCAGACUUAGAAUUCAUUAAAUCGUCUGCAGCAUCUCAUAAAUACUCUGUGAUUCCAGACGCACAAUAUAGUGAGUUAAAUCAGCUCGCGCAUACUCCAUCAAUCGCCCAUUUACAGCAAAAGGCAAGGGAUGUGGAAGCAGUUGUAUUGCCUCAAACCGAGCAUUACAAGAUUCUCCAGCUUGCCAAUGAACCAGACUCGGGACAUUUGAAAAAGUGUGCUCAACGUCUCGACUUGGAGAUCAUUGAGGCGGAUGAGCUUAAAGACUUAAGAUCCUUGGCAGAGAAUCCGGAAAAAGAAUUUUUGAUAUCUUCUCUAUCGAAACAUGGCUAUGUACUGGUACCAAAUGAAGAAUUUGAAAAACACCUUGAGGACAAGGAGAGGGCGAAAACAAUGAAACUUGUUCCAAAUGAGCAAUAUCAGAUUUGGAAGUCCACAUAUGAAUCACCUACAACAGACUUCCUUAAAGAGAAAGCAAGAAACCUAGACCUUGCUUUAGUGAAUCGUGAGCAAUAUAAGAAUUUGUUGGAACGUGAUUUACAUCCAACCAGGGAGCUUUUGAGCCAGAAGGCAAGCUCUCUAGGUUGUGUCCUCACUGAAAGUGACGAAAUGGAUAAGUUAAUUGAGCUCCGCAAAAAAGAUGCCAAUCCAUCAAGAGAUAUACUCUCGGAGAAAGCAGAGACGUUGGGCCUUUUGGUGAUUGAGAAGAGCGCUCUUGAUGCUCUCAAUCAGAAGGUCGAUAGCCCAUCAAUGCAAUAUUUGGAAGAAAAAGCUGCACUUCUUGAUACUGUCGUUAUUAAGAAGAGUGAAUUGGAAGCCCUCCACGAAGCUGUCAACUCUCCAUCUUUGCAAUUUUUGCAAGAAAAAUCAGAGGGAUUGGACUAUGCACUCGUUAAGAGGGAUGUUUUUGAUGAGCUCAAGGGAAAGAUUGAGUCCCCAUCUAUUGAGUACUUGAGAGAAAAGUCUAAGGUAGUCGAAUUGGAGCUCGUGGGCAUUAGUGACUACAAAAAUCUUAAGAACGAACUUGCAGAACUUCAAGGCCAAGUAAGCAACCCCUCUAUUGACUACUUGAAAGAGAAGGCUCAAAGUUUCAAUCUAAUUGUUAUGAAAGAGAGUGAUCAUACGGUUCUCAAAGACAGCAUUGAGCACCCUACCCUUGAAUAUAUCCAGGAUAAGGCUGGAGCCAACGAUCACCAGAUUAUCUCGAUUUCUAAGCUCAGUGACCUUGAGGAGAGACUUUCGAACCCAACCUUGGAUUAUUUGGAUGAAAAGAUCAAGGGUUACCGAUCUCUUAUUGUGAAUCAAGAUGAGUAUGAUGCCCUUGUUGAACAACUAAAAGAACCAAAGACAGAAUACUUGCAAGAACAAGCUGUAAGACAUAACCUACAACUUGUUGAUACCAAGACCUUUGCAACGCUCCAAGAAAUUGCCGAGCGCCCAAGUGUGGCAUUCUUGGAAGACAAAGCGAAGGUUCACAACAUGCUCAUACUUCCAGAAGCCGAAGUUCUUAGCAUGAAGAGCAAUAUUGAACUGCCAACUCUUGAUUACCUUCAAUCGCACUCAAAGAGUCUCGGAUACGAGACUGUUUUGAGCGCGGAUCUUGAUGAAAUGAAACGCCAAAUUGAUGCUCCACCACUCUCGCUUCUUUCCGCUAAGUCUGAGGCUCUUGGCUACAAGACGAUAGCUAUGACUGAAUUUGAUAGCUUGGUAGGCAUUCAAAGUGCUUACAACAAUCCUGAUCUUGAGUAUUUACAAAACAAAGCACAGGAAAAAGACCAUGCUAUCUUGGAAACAACGACAUUAAACGAGUUAAAGAACAUCCAGUCACAAUUUGGACAACCAUCGCUCGAAUAUUUGACUGAAAAUUUGAGCAAUCAUGGCUACGUUGCUUCAUCAAAUGAAAAGUACGCUCAAUUGGUCUCUGCGGAUGCCCAGUACAAUGAACCAAGUUUAGAUUACUUGAAGGAAAAGGCCUGCUCAAAGGGUCAUGUAUUACUUCCUAACACCGAAUUGAGUAUGUUUGAAAGUACUAAAGCCAAAUUUGAGAGUCCUUCUUUGGAAUACUUGAAAGAACAAGCUACCUCUCAGAACCAUGUUCUCUUGACUCGUGAGGACUCUGCUAUGUUGAGUGAUACUGCCUUACGGUACGAGAGUCCAACUCUAGAGUAUUUGCAGGAAAAAGCAAAAGCUUUAGAUUAUUCUGUCUUAGAAUCUCGCCAGGAGCAAGAAUUCGAUGAACUCAAGCAAAAUUAUAAUGAGCCAAGCUAUGAAUAUCUUGAGUCUAAGGUAGCCAACUAUGACCAUUUGAUGUUGAGUAAGGACAGAUUGGAGAGCCUCGAGCAAACAGAGAAGCAAUACAAAGAGCCUAGUCUUGAGUACUUAGAAUCCCAUGUGCAAAAGCUUGAUAGACAGGUCCUUACCUCGCAACGUGUCUCAGAACUCACCGAGAAGGAGAAAAUCCUUCUAGCUCCUCCUUUCGAGUUUUUGCAAGAUCAUCUUCUGGUGCAUCAGCAUGUUGCUUUACCCAACGACAGAUAUGAAGAGCUUGUGAGUAGAGAAAAGCAACUUCAGUCGCCUACAUUGGAUAUUCUUGCAAUGGGUGCUUUGCUGCUCGGAUCUGUCGUGCUUGGUUCUGACAGACUCAAGAGUCUUGAAAACACCGAAAAGUCACACAAGUCACCUCUGUUUGAGUACUUGGAAGAAGAAUCGAAGAAGAAGAAUCACAUGCUAGUGCCAGUAGAAAGGCUUGAGGAAUUCAAGUCCACUGAAUCCCUGUUCAACCAGCCAUCAGUUGAUUACUUGGAGAAACACGCGCAAAUCAACAGCCGUAUUGUAUUAUCGAAUCAAGAGCAUCAAAAGCUUCGCGAUAUCCUGGAAGCACACGAAACUCCAUCUCUCGAGUACUUGGAAUCCAAGGCUUCUGUAUUUGGAUCAAGUAUUGUCACAGCUGCGGCUUUAGCUGAAUUGAUGAAUAUAAAGGAAAGCUUCGCAUCGCCAUCGUCUGAAUAUUUGGAACAGAACGCCAAAUUGUUGAAUAAAGAAAUUGUUGAUCUGCAAGAAGUUGAAGAUUUGAGAUCAUAUAAAAAAUUGCCAUUGUCUGACUUAGCGGCCAAACAAGACUCAAUUGUUCUUGGAAUGCAGGAAUUUUCGGAAUUGAAAGCUUCUUCUGACCAAACUCUAGAUGAGAAGGCAGCUUCUGUCGGCAUGUUUGCAGUUAAAUCUGAUGAUCUCGAGUCGUUGAACAAGCAAGUGACUCAGUAUAAGGAGUUACGUGAACAGGUCGAUCAGCCAACCACAGAAUUUGUGAAUGGUCUCGUUCUGCAAAUUGAUUCAAUACUAUUGAGUAAUGCGGAUUUUGAAUCGCUCAAACAUCCCUCUUUUGAAAAGUUGCUCGAAUGGAGUGACGAACGUGAGUUUUGUCUUAUUAACAAAAACGAGUUGGCUGACUUGAAGUCUUCUGUUGCCGAACCUCUAGAGAACAAGGCUACCAGAAAUGGUUUCAAAUUGUUAGCUAUUUCGGAUCACGAGGUCAUGAUCAACCAGUUAAACGCCCCAUCCCUAAGCCUUCUCUCCGAUAAAGCUCGUGGAUAUAACAAGGAGCUAAUUGCAGUCGACGAACUUGCAGAAUUGCGCAAGGAGGUGGCGCUUUCCUUGGAGGAACGGGCAACACGUGAUGGCUUGGUAGUCGUAUCUGUUGGUGAGUUCAGCGACAUGUAUCAGAAAGCUCGUGAACCGACAAUUGACGAUCUUGAGUCUGCUGCUGCCGCUAAAGAGCACAGCAUCAUAUCUACAUUUACUCUCGAGGAACUUAGACGUGAGGCGAACAAAUCGUUGGAAGACCGUGCAGCAGGAAGUGAGUUCAAACUCAUUUCUAACGAUGAGUUUGAGAAUUUCUCAUCGAUGGCCAUGGAAUUUGCGGAGCUCAAGGAGACUAAUCAGCAGGCCAUUCUCGAAAGAGAUGAAUUUUCCGCGAAGUUGAAAGAGCUAGAGCUGAAAGAAGAUGUGUACCUGGUUCCCCUUCUCCGCGAGCAAGCUGGAGUUUUCGGAUUUUCACUCAUUUCAGAUGAGGAAUUGAAUAAUCUUCAGACAGAAAUCAAGAAUCAAAAGGCGCUUCUCGAUGAAAAUCCACAAGACUCUGAUGUUGCGAUCAACAAAUAUUUCUCAGAUCCCGAGUCUUUGCCCGAUAUAAGAUCUCGCAUUGAAGGGCUCGGAUUUAGCCUUAUGGGCAAGGACGAGAAUCUUACAAAGAAUCUGGAAGAGUUCAAGUCCAUGGCACCCGAUUAUGGAUUAGUUGCAAUUGGGCUUGACGAAUAUGAGAGACUCCAAAAGCCACACACCGUGGAAACACUUCUGGCACUUGCAGCAGGACUCUCGAUGUCCUUGAUUCCAGCGGUCGAGGUCACUAAGUUGAAGCAAACUCUCGCAGAACGUGACUCCACAAUCCACGAGCUUCGUCUGUCAAACCAAACUCCAAACACGGAAGAACUUGUACAAAAGUUGCGUAACUUGGAUAUGGUGGUAUUGAGUAAGGACGAAUACCAGGAGAUUAAAACGCCUUUGCCACAACAAAAGGAAUUUGCAACGGAGGAGAGUCUCAAGAAGGAUGCUGAGGAGUUGGGUCUCAACGUUGUUCCAGACUCGGAGUUACAAGAAAUGAAACGUGCUUCUGCCACUAUAAAUGACCAAACAAUGUUCCGGGACUUGGCAAAGAAAUGGAACAUGCUUUGCAUUCCUGAGACCGCUUUUGUUGCUACGGAUUCUCAGCAGACUCCUGAAUUGAAUCAAGUUAAGGUUAUUCCAACACCAUAUUUCAAUAGGCUCACUCAUAGCGAGUCUAUGAACAUUGAAACCAUCGAUGAGGACACCUUCAAACAGUUUGCGGAGAAGAAGGGUUUCUUUGAAGUGGGAUCUUCUACCCUUCAGAAGGUGCCAUCGAUAGGCGCGGACACAAUCGCGUCCAAUUUGUCAGGAACAGGAAUGGUAAGAUCCAAAUCUGCGAGGUCUAACCUCAGCAUUCACUCGCAUAACAGUAUUCCACAUUCCAUCACUGCUCUCUCGAUAGCCACCAAUAUCUCAUUUACCGACAAGUCCAUGAUCCCAGCCAUUACUCAAGUGGUGAUUGGUGAAUACUUGUUCAAGUACUACCGAAAGCUUGGACCUUUGAGCGUCAUCUCUGCCUCGCGUCAUGAGCGGUACUUCUGGGUUCAUCCAUACUCUUUGACGCUCUACUGGUCGUCUUCAAACCCAGUGUUGACCAACCCUUCAGAGGUGAAGACAAAGGCCAUGGCCAUCAUCAAAGUUGAAGAUGUGGAAGACCCUAACCCAUUGCCGCCAGGACUUCAUCACAAGUCUAUCGUGGUGCACUCCCAAACCGGCUCGAUUAAGAUUACUUGUCCUACAAGACAGAGACACAAUAUUUGGCUCAACGCAUUGAGAUACCUUGUCAAUAGAAAUCUUGACGAGGGAAUAGGCCUGAGGCCGAUGACAGCAGCGCAAAGCGUUCGUCUGCCAGUUCGCAACACCGCAGGCCCUGAUGAGAUUGAAAGUUUGUAUGAUGCGAAUGUUGACGUGGAGAAUUCGACCAGACAUGCAUUCCCAAGGUCAUCAACGAUGCCUAGAUCAUCUACGAUGCCACGGAUGCGGUCAAUUGGGCAAUUCCAGAGUAUUCGAGGCAAUUCUGCGAAGUAA